AUGCUUUCAAUGUGGAAAUAUUAUUCAAAAUUGAACAUCCUAUCACGAAUACCGGCAAAAUUUAAUUUUAACGUACCUGAAAAAGCAAAAGGAACAGUUGUGGAAAAAUGGAUCAAAUACUGGGAAGGUUUAAUUAAUGAUUAUGCUGAUGUGUUCAGGGAUUCAAUUAAGGAAAGUAAGAGUAAGCCAUAUAAAACAGGGUUAUUAGCACUCUCUGGAUGUUUUUUAACAUAUGCAGUGUAUAACAAUCCGACUGAACAAGAUUUUAGGGAUAGUGUUAUUUAUUACCAAAAUUUAUUUGGCCUUGUGGGAAAGCCUGUUAGAAAUCCAGGAGUCGAUGUUUACCUUAAAAGUUUAGAAAAUUCAUUUAAUUUUAAAGUUAUUAGAAGAUUAUCUUUGGGCAUAUUUUGUUUUAUAUGGAUUGAUAAUUACGAUGAAGCAUUGGGACUUUACAAAGCACAGUGUAAAUAUUUAAAACCUAGAUAUUUGACAUUUUACGAAAGAGUGAUUGAUGUUGGUUUUUUAAACAAAUUUUGGAUUCUUGAAAAAAAUAUGAGAGACUAUGACAUUAAUCCUAAUGAAUGGAUUGAUUUUUCAAAAUCUGAUUACGGUUAUAAAAAUAGAAUUUUUUGA